UCUUCCUAUCAGAAACGGUUCCCUCUCCAAGUUUCUUCAUUCCAACUUCCUAGUGCAAGUUACUCUCUUGCUCUCCUCAACUAGUGGCAAUGGCAACCCGAGCCCUCACACCCCCCCUGCUUCUCUUCCUAACGCUCACGGUUCUCUCUCUGGUAGGGAGUUCUAUCGCCGGCGGAAUCACCACUUAUUGGGGCCAGAACGGAAACGAAGACACUUUAACAAACACUUGCGCAACAGACAAGUACGCUUUCGUCAACAUAGCUUUCCUCUACAUCUUCGGCAAAGGCCAGACCCCUCAAAUCAACCUCGCCGGUCACUGCAACCCCACCUCUGGUGGUUGCGUCGCCGUCAGCAACGGCAUAAGAAACUGCCAAAACAGAGGAAUCAAGGUUUUUCUCUCAAUCGGAGGUGGCUCCGGUAGUUACUCUCUCUCCUCCUCUGCAGAUGCCAAGAACGUCGCCGACUACCUCUGGAACAACUUCCUGGGUGGGAGUUCUUCGUCGAGGCCACUCGGUAAUGCAGUUUUGGACGGCAUAGAUUUCGAUAUUGAGACAGGGUCGACUCAGUACUAUGACGAUCUCGCAAGGUAUCUCUCUGGGUAUAGCAAACAGGGGAAGAAGGUGUACUUAACGGCGGCUCCUCAAUGCCCUUACCCUGAUAGUCAUCUGGGUAGUGCACUUAACACAGGGCUUUUCGAUUAUGUUUGGGUUCAGUUUUAUAAUAAUCCUUCUUGUCAGUAUAGCUCUGGGAAUGUUAACAAUCUUUUGAAUUCUUGGAGGAAAUGGACCUCGUCGGUGCCGGCGACCAAGAUAUUCAUGGGUUUACCGGCGGCUUCAGGGGCGGCAGGAAGUGGGUUCGUCCCUGCAAACGUGUUGAAUUCCCAGGUAUUACCAGUGAUCAAGACUUCAGCCAAGUACGGAGGUGUGAUGCUAUGGAAUAAGUAUUAUGAUGAUCAGAGUGGAUACAGUAAUUCCAUUAAGAACAACGUCUGAAUCUCAUUCUAGAUUCUAUGUAGAAUAAAACUGGGCGUGGCUCACUUCUAUUAAGCCGUGAAAGCAUUAUCUUUUCUUGUGUUUUUUCUUUUUGGGUUGUAAAAACAUAACAGAGUAGUGCGCUAAUGUGCGGAUACUCUAUCAUGAUCUUACCAAUCUACAACUCUCUUAAUUGAGCGAAA